AUGAAUGUCUCCCUCGCCUGUGUGCAGGUGUACUACGCAGCGGGCGCUGUACUGCACUAUGUAGUGCCCGCACUGUUCCCUGUCAAGUCGGUGCAGAAGGGACAGCCGCGCCAGGGGCAGGUCACCUCUGAAGCGCUGUACAGCCUAGGCCCGCUGCUCAUCAAGGCGGGCGUGUGGACGCUCGUAGAGCAGCUGCACCAGAGAGGGCACACCAAGCUGUACACCGGCUGGCCGCCGGAUGCCUGGCAGGCGCUCUACAUGCUGCUCACUGUUGUUGCUCUGGACUACCUGCAUGAUGCUUGGUUCUACUGGACCCACCGCCUGCUGCACUGGCGCCCGCUCUACGUCCACGUCCACGCCCCGCACCACACCUCCACAGUGCCCACAGCCUUCACCGGCUACAGCUUUCACGUUGUGGAGGCGGUGAUUGUGUUUGCCAACGAGGUGCUGGUCUGCUACCUGCUGCCAAUCCACCUGGGCCUGCACCGAGCCUACCACCUCUUCACCACCGUCAUCCACCAAGGCGGGCACGCCGGGUACGAGGUGGCCCCCUUCCUGCCCACCCUGGAGCAGCUGGUCAGCCUGGCGCUGAUCGGCGCGCGCCCCUGCCCCGCGCUCAACACCGUGCGCCACCACGACAUGCACCACCGCUUCCCGCGCGCCCACUUCAGCCUCUACAUGACGCACUGGGACCGACUGUGCGGCACGGAGCACCCCAAGUACCGAGCCGAGGUGGAGGAGCACUUCAGGGCGCCGCCCCGCUCUGAGGCGCCGCCGGUGCCGGCGCCGGGCGAGCAGCAGCAGCAGCAGCUGCCGCAGAGGAGGAGGAAGGUGCCACUGGGAGCGGCUGCGGCGGUGGCGGCAGCAUGAGCGGGCCAAGCAUCGCCCUCUUUUAGUUUGUACUCUCUCUCUACUCUUUUUCUGACACCAUUGAACAUUGCUUCAUUGCUUACUAUGAGUGCAGACCACUCAAACACCUGAAAUAUGUCACAGC